UUGUUAUGUAACCUAUUACGUUGAUCCUUCGAUUUUUCUAUAAUCAAGAUUUUUGCACAAAGAUAAAAGAAAAUAUGUAAUAAGAUGACCAAAGAUGACCAAGUGCAAUUAGAAACUAUUUAUGAACUAUAACUGAAUUUUAUUCAAAUAAAUACAUUAAAUGGGUUAAAUAGCAGAUAAAAACAAAAUAUAAUAUCAACUAUACAUAUUUAACCCAAAUUCAAUUUUAAAUCAAUAUAAUUUAAUUUAUGAACAAUCAUCCUUAAGCAAAUACCGUUUGAUAUCAAUCGAUUAUAGCCUAGAAAGAGUCCCAAGUUCACUGAUGUUAUGAAACUGAGAGAAAAAAAUUACUUUUUUUUAUAUAAUAUCAAUAAAUUAUUACAUUCGUAUUGGCUAAUACUUACUACCCUAACCCGGUCACGACCCGAGAGAGCUCGAACUUUGAUUAGAAUUGAAAUCUUAUCUAAGGCUCUAAUGAAAUCUAAACGAGAUAACAGAUGAAUUGUUAAAUUUCAAAUUUGUCCAUAAUUUAGGUUUGCAAUCCCAAUUAGAUAUGUUGAUUAAUUGGAUAUCAACAUAGAAUACAGUGCUUUAAACCGUACUCACCCAAGACUUAAAAUAUCCAACAUUUGAAAACUACGUGAAAAUCAUUUAAAAGAACAAACAAUUUUGCUAAAAGAACUUACUGUACUUAAUAAUUUAUAAAAAAAAUUAACCUAAGAUCCUGCUUACUAAAUCUCUUCGGUGACCUUUAUACUCGUUAUUAAUCUUUGGCUGACAAACAGGCUUAGUAAGACUUUAUUCUUCUAAACAACUAUAAUUUUAAAAAAGUGGUUAUUGCACAAGGAGUUCGAUAUGUUCUAGAGAGGACGUUCGUCGACCUUUAAAACUUACAAAAAAAACUUGAUAAGGUAAUAAUCUUCGUUCUAAUGAGGCACGCUGAUUAUAAUACUUGGUUAAAAUAUUACGAAAAAAAGAUUAUGGAGAUUAUAUGAAAGUUUGGACUUUAACCUUUAAUCUAAAACAUUGCUAUAUAAACUCAGCAUUAGAAAUACGACUUCAGCUCACAGCGAUAUUCCAAAGCCGAAGGAUGGGGUUUAGUAGCCCUGUAAUAUUUGCCAUACUUUUGGCAGCUGCAUCGGCCGUUCCUUUAAACUUUGACACAACUUCACAAUGUGGUACUCAAACGUGCCCUGAACAAACUAAAUUGGGUUACAAGCCCGGAACCGUCUAUGAAUAUGAAUACAAGUCCCUCGUCACAACAACGAUGCGCGACGUCCCAACUGACAGAUCGGAAAUGAAAAUGGAAGCCAGAGUCCUUCUAGAGGCCUUGAGCAACUGUGAAUUCGGUUUACGUAUGGAGAAUGUCAAAUUGUUUGAUGUUCACCCACGUACCCAACAAACUUUGCAAGCCUCCCAGGAGAGAGAAUUCACUCGUUCUAUGCAACAAAAUGCAAUUCGAUUCUCCAUGAUCAAUGGCGUCGUCGAAAGCGUUUGCCCAUCUCCCAAAGAUGACAAGCGUAUAAUCAACGCUAAGAGGGCUAUCAUUUCUGCAUUCCAGAAUACUCAGGCAGAUCUCAAGGAAAAUCACCAAGGCUUGGAACGAUCCAUUCAUGGUGAAUGCCCAGUAACUUACACCGUUUCUAACGGAUGGACUGAGAGCACCAUCAGAAAGGUCAAAGACAUUCCUAGAUGCACACACCGUUAUGCAUUUAACACUCCAAUCCAAGCUAUUCCAUUCAAAACUGAAAGGCAAAGCGUCCCAAUAAUCGAUUCCAAAGCAGAAUGCCAACAAAAAUACAACUCCAAAGGCUAUCUUCGCGAAUCUAUCUGCAUUGAAACUCACGUCAACAAGCCUUUUGAUUCUUACGGCCAGGGCAUGGAAACGAAGAUUGAACAAAAUCUUAAAUAUGUCACUGAAACAAGAAACUCAAGAGGAAUCAGAAGAUACGAUGAUUCAAACAUCAAGACAUCUUUGUUGUUCGACCACAUGAUGGAAGAAGAAGAAAUUUCCGAAACCGGAGAUGCUGAAAAAAUUCUCAAGCAAUUGUGCAGCAAUGAAGAAAUUACUAAGGAAACUCCAAUUCUGUUCUCUGAAUUGAUCCGCUCUCUUCGUAAAUUGAACGCUGAAAGCCUUUCUGAAUUGUACAACAGAAAGACCCUCCAAUCUAUGUGCCCAAGAGCCAAGAAAUACAUUAGAGAUUCUAUCCCUAUGUUGUCAAGCCCUGCAUCUAUAAAGAUGAUCAAUGAAUUGAUCAACAGCAAAGACUUGUCUGGCUCACAAGCUGAUACUUGGAUCACUUCCCUUACUUUCAUCAACUCUCCAUCCACUGCCACCAUUGAACAAAUUUACCAAUUGCUCAGCAGCGUUCCAUACAGAAAAUCAUUGGCCCUUACCGCUGGUUCUGUCGUUGCCACUUACUGCAAGCAACAUGGCAGCUGUGAUAAUAGUAUCCCAGUUAUGAAUAUCAGAGAUUUCUUCUUGAAGAACAUUGAAAACUGCCAAGCCAGAGACAAGGCUGAUCAUGAUAGAAUUGUUAUGUCUCUUAAGGGUCUUGGAAACAUGGGUUGUGGAGAUUCAAACACCGUCGAUGCAUUGGUCAGAUGCGCCAACACCGAAUCUGCCGAUAUGGAAACCAGAGUUGAAGCUGUUAAGGCUUUCAGAAGAAUGCCAUGCAACAGAGAAUACAGCGAAAAAUUGAGCGAAAUCGUUGCCAAUGAACAAUUUGAUUCUGAAUUGAGAAUCAACGCCUACAUUUCCACCAUGAGAUGCCCAACUGAACAAUUAUUCCGCAAAAUCAACAACAUGCUUCUUGAAGAGAAAAUCAACCAAGUUUCCAGCUUUGUUUGGACUCACUUGACCAACCUUAAAGAAACCAGUGAUAUCUUCAAAUCCGAUAUCAGAAGAAUCGUUGAAAACCAAGAAUUAAAGAAAAAUUUCGAUAUGGAUAAGAGAAAGUUCUCCAGAAACAUUGAAAUUUCCAGAUACCUUGAAAUGUUGAAUUUGGGUGCUAAAGCCGAAUCCAACGUCAUUUUCUCCACCCAAUCUUUCGUUCCACGAUCUGCUUCUCUUAACUUGACUGUUGAUAUGUUCGGUUCUUCCAUCAACCUUUUGGAAGUUGGAGGAAGAGUUCAAGGAGUUGAAGAUGUUCUUGAAAAAUACCUCAGCAAGAGAAAGGAAAUGCCCGCUGAUGACAACAGCGUUAUGAAAUACCUUGAUGGAAAAUUCGGACAACAAAAAGAAAGAAUGCAAGCCAGCGCUUUCGCUAGAGUCUUUGGAAACGAAAUCUACUACACUGAUGUCCAUGACUGGAAUUUCCCAAGUACCAACAGAGCUAGCUACAUGGAAAUGUUCCAAAAUAUGGCUGAUGGUUCAUCCGCAAUGGAUUUCACAAAAUCUGUUCAAUUCCUUGAUCUUGAAAUGUCGAUCCCAACUCACAUGGGUUUGCCAUUGAAACUUAAAUUGACCGCUUCCUCUACCAUGAACUUGAAAGCUCAGGGCAAAGCUGAUUUCAGAAGUCUCUUUAUGGGACAACUCGACAUCAAUGGACAACUUCGUCCAUCUGCUGCUUUGGCCGUUCAAGCUGAAAUCAGCGUCGAUGCUAUCUAUGCUAAAUCUGGAUUGAAGACUAUCAGCACUUUGCACACAUCUACCGCUGCCGAUGGAAGAAUCAUCUUCAACAAAGACAGCAAGGUCGAUAUGGAAAUCAACGUACCAAAAGAAAAAAUGGACGUCUUCAGCGUUGACAGAAAAUUCUUCAUGAUCUGGAGAGAAGAUACCGAAGUUGCAGAACCAGAAAACAGAAUGGCUCGUUUUGAAAAAUGCUUUGGACCAAGAAAUGUCUUGGGCUUGGAACUUUGCGCCAAUAUGGGCAGCAGAACUUCCUCUCCUUUAUCAGGACCACUCUCUCUUGGAGUUGCUCUUAAGAAGACUGAUACUUACCAAAAGAUCAAGCUUUUCUUUGACAUUAAGCCAACUAUGCCAGAACCCCAAAUGAAAUUCAUCUUUGAUACCCCAGGCUCUUCUAUCGACAGAAAAAUUGUUUUGGACCUUGUCACCAAGGGUAGAGAAUUGAGCUUGAGAGGCUCUGCUCCAUGGAAACAAUCCAGAGCUCAUUUGAGAGGAGACUUGAACUACCAACCACAAAGAAGCCAAGAUCUUACUUUGGAAAUUGAAGCCGAAGAAAAAACUUGGGCCUUGAAAGCAAGAAAUGAAUACAGAAAGGGAACUCACAAUGCCGAAAUCUCUAUCGUUAGACCAAACAGAGAUGACAUUAAAUUCAGCGUUGAGGCUAACCUCGAGAAUGAAAUGUCUUUUGAUAUCAAGCACAAGAACUUGCUUCCACGUCAAGGAAAACUUCACGGAAGUGUUAGCUUUAUGUCAAAUGGAGCUUAUAAACUACAAAUGCGCAACUCUUAUGGAGACAGAAAAGAUAUUGCCUACAUGACCGUCAGACUACCAAACAAGAGAGACUCAACCAGCAUCCUAAAUGUUUUGUACAACCUCAACGGAAACAAAAUGGUUUCAUUCACUGGUAGAUUGGAAGAUUCUUCUUCCAGAGUUAAGACUGCUCUUGCACUUAAAAUGGAAAUGGAAAACCGUUUUGCUCCUAAAGCCAAUUUCAACUUGAACACCAAAUACGAAAAGGAUAGAAGAAGUCUUAACGUCGACAUGAACGUAAAUUACUUGAAGAACGAAAGAUCCACUUUGGCUCUUAAAUUGGAAAAUAGAGGACAAGGAUUGAAUGAUGAUAUGAUUGCUGAAAUUGAAGUUAAACAUACCCCACUUAACAUUCAUCGUGAUUUUGAGUUGAUCGCUAAAAAGACCCUCAAAUCUCCAGCCAAAUACAUGCUUAAAUUGGUAAGCGAAAGCCAAGGAGAUAACGAAUUCGAAGUCCAGAUUGAACAUGAAAGAAGAAUGAACAGACUUGAAGUCGCUACCUACGGCCAUGUUUCUGUCUACUCUAAGAAAUACAUUGUUUUGGAACAUUCUUUGAAACCAUCCGGUGAAAACAGAUAUAACAACAACCUUCUUGUCUCUGUUUGGGGCAAUGAAUUUAGAUUGGACGGACAUGUCACCCUUGGAGAAGUAAUCAGCUUCUCAUCCACUCUUACCAAUCCUUUUACCGAAAAAAUGUACAUCAAGGGAAACACCAACAGAAAUUUGAUGAAUUAUCAAGGUGACAUCGAAGCUAGCAUGUGGGGAGUUAAAGUCUCUUCUGCAGCUGACUGGUCAAUCAGAAGAACAUCUGAAGGAUUUAGAAUUGAAACCAACUUGAGAAGCGCCAGCCCAGUUCACCAAUCCAAAAUGAGAGCAGUUGUGAACAAGGAAAGACAAACCUACGAAACUAAACUCUCAAUGAACUUCAAUCAACUUGAAGGUUCCGUUGAAACCAGAUUCGUUGCUGAUCCUCAAAGACCCCAACUUAAAAUCAAGACCAUGGUUGGAGGAGAAACCAUUGAAUUGAGAACCUCCGCUAAAGUUGGCAAAUACAACUAUAAUGCUAAAGCUGUUCUUGAAUCAUCUUUGAUGGAAAAAAUGGAACUUAACAUGAACUACGAAUAUACUAGAAACAUGUACAAGGUCGAAGCCGAUUAUGCUUGGAAACAACAUGUUCUUGGAAUGAACUACGUCAUCGAAAAAUUGAAUGGAUGGCAAUCCGCAAAGGCUGAAUUUGAAAUCACCACUCCAUACCGUAUUCGCAGUAUAAAGGAAAGCAUGAUGUACAAUUUCAGAAAUAACGGUGAAUACAUCGUUAAAGCUAUUGGAUCUAUCAACAACAAAAAAAUCACCCUCGUUUCCGAAGGAAAAGUUGACUUAAGCCAAGCUAUUAUCCGCACUGAAAACAGUUUGGAUACUCCAUUCUGGCCCAAAUUGACCCUUGACUUUAAACUUGAAAGCACUGAAAGAGUCUUCAACACCUUCAUGAAAAUAAAAUCUGAUUCUGAAAAUGUCUUUACCAUUUUGAACAAAAUCGAUAUCAAUGGCGUUCAACCAUCCAUCACCUUUAAGACAACUUGGGGCACCAACGGAUUUAUCGAUACUACCUUCUUGACUAAACUCGAUAGACAAGAUUACGCUAUUACCAAGAUCAAGACCCGUGGUACUUUGAGAACAUCAUUCCGAUCCGUUAGAGAAUGGUCUGCCACAUUCAACCUUCAAAACUUCAAAGAACAAAAACUCGUCAGUUUAAUGUGCCAAUGGAAUAAUAAGGAUGCUGAAUUGAGAUUUGAAAUGAAUCACGAUCCUAGCUUCAUGAGAAGGAACAAGGGAGAAAUUACUCUUCGAUUCCCAUGCAAAGACAAUUCACCAAUCUCAACCACCUGGAAUUACGAAAUGAAAGAUAUGAAACUUGUUCUUGAAGGAGCCUAUAAACACCCCAAAUACAAUCACCAAAUGAGAAUCGCCGGUGAAAUGAAAUUGGGCAAGAUCAACAAAUUAGAUGUCGAAGCUAAGUUGUCAAUGGAAAACUACGGAGAGAAAGACAUGAUGGCUGUCGUCAUGAAACAUGAGUGUGAUACCAUCUGGUGGAGAAAUACUAACACCGAGCUUGUAUACAAAUACAACAGCGUUGAAUACAAAUUGACACAAACUUUGCAAUUCCUCGGUGAGUCUUUGGAAGCUACCCUAGGCCUUACCCUCCCAAAAGACGAGUAUACUCUUAAAUUGGACAACCAAUGGGGCAGUGAAAUUAAAUUCAACAACGAAUUAAUCAGAAACAACCAAGUCAUAUCUGUAUCUGGUGAAGGAAGAUACGAAAACGCUUACACUGUCGAGGGAGAAAUCAGAAUCAAGACUCCAUUCCAAACAUUGAAAAGACUUUCCUACAAAACUGAAACCGGCAUGAAGGGAAGCAGAAAAUGGACUAGCAUCUCUGUUUUCCGUUACAACGGUAUGGAAACUAAGCAAGACAUUGAAUGUACUUUCGGAAACAAGAAGAUGAUCACUUUCUCUUACGAAAACAACUACAUGCCUGAGUCCAACUUCAAUAUUGAAGGUUCCUACCAAGGAAAAAUGAACAACCUUAGAAUUAAUGGUAAAUUCCAAAGAGGCGAUUUUGAAACUACACUUGAGGGAACUUGCCGCUUCAAGGGCAACGGCCAAUACAACUUGGAUCUUAUCGUUACAGGAACUGGAAUGAAUGAAUGGAAAAUUAAAUCUCAACACAAAUCAUCUGAUGUUAAUGAAUUGCCUAUUGGAAACUCUUUCAUGAUCCAUCGUAUUAGCAUUGGAGGCAAGCAUAUGUAUGAGUACAGACAUGAUUUCGAUCUUGAAGGAUGGAACAAAUUGAACAAAGCCAUCAUAACAUUGAAAGCUCCAGGUUCUCAUUACAAAAUCAACACCGAUUAUGAAAUCAACCACAACGGACCUUCAAAGGAACACAAAAUGAAAUUCCUCAUCAACACUCCAAUGACCAGAAGAUUAAAAUUCGAUCUCGAACAUGUUCUUGACAUGAGCAAAUCAGGAAGUGUUGGCUCUCUUAACGGUGAAUUCGGUAAUAACAAAUUCAGAUACAAUCACAACGUUCACUAUCCAACUUGGCAACAUUUGAAAACCUUAGAUGGAGAUUUAACAAUCAAUGGUGUCAAAUAUGAACUUGAAGGUAGUUACAAAUACGAGCCAACUGAAACUAUGGGUAAAUUGAAUAUCAUCUCUCCAAGCAUGAAAAUCCUUGGUGUUGAUGUUGUUCUCCAAAACCCAGCUGAUAACAAAUACAUCGUCAAUAGCGAUGUCACUGUCAAGUGUACUAUCAUGAAUGUAGAUUACCGUGUUGAUGAAGUUCUCAAGGUUUCCACUGACUACAUGAACGUCGACUAUAACUUAGUCUACUCUCACCCAAGAGGAGAAUACAAGUUUGACACUACUUACAGCAUUGAAGAAAAAUCAGCCGAACUCAUGAUUAAAGCUUAUUCACCAAGCCAAACAUACUUCGGUAUUUCCGGCAAGUACAACGGUAAUAAUUAUUAUUACAAAUACCCCAUCGAAAUGACUGAGGAACUACAAGUUGAAUACAUGGGAAUGAAGUAUGCUUACAUCAGCAGCUUGAAAAUGCCAUCUCCUUUCAAAAUUGAAAAUCACGAACAAAAAUUUGUCACUCCUUAUGGAACUUACGAAAUUGUCUACGAUUAUGAUUUGGCCAUUACUGCAUCCAAGGGAAAUCUAAGAAUUACCGGACCAACUUUCAGAGACAUCACCCUCGACUUUGAAACUGCUUUAGAAAACAGCUACAACUACAUGUCUCGUAAAGUCAAUGCUAACAUGAACUUGGGAUACAGUGGCAAACAAUACAGCGCUGGUUACGAAACCGAUAUUAGUGGUCUAGAAAUCAACAAGUUCCAUGUCUACUACAAGACCCCAGCAGGAACUUAUGAAAUGAACUUGAAGGGUAAUAUGAAUAAGGGUUAUCUAACCUUCGCAACACCAAUCUACGGUUAUGAAAGAUUUGGAAUCAUUGUCGAAAGAGAAUCUAGAUUGACUUACUGGCCUUUGGGCAAAGAUACCUUGAAAGUUGAAGCAUUCCUUAAGAAUGAUGAAGUUAGCUACAGACACGACUACAGUCUAAGCGCUGAAGAAUUGUCCUUUGAUGUUAAAUUGGAAACUCCAGCUACUCAUCCAAUGAAAUUGAAAAUCAGCAGCCGAGGCUCUAUGUCUUCUUUCACCAACUCUCUAACUUUGACCGCCCAAAAAGAAGAAUGGUCUGCUGAACUUAACGGCAAAAUCAAUCUCCCAGACGUUACCUUGAAAACUGUUGUUAACACUCCAAUCAGAGGUUACAAAAAUCUUGAAAUCGAAAUGAUUCAUGAAGGUUCUCUUAUGAACCCAACAUGUCAAAUCAGCAUGAACAUUUUCAAACCCAUGACCCUCAAAAUCAACUACGAUUUAACUUCUUCCCCAAGAUACCCAAUUGAAAUCAGUUUGAAUAUGGACCAAGAAUACAAAUUCAACGCUGAAUUGGUCUUAGGAUCUACCUUUGAUUUGAAAGCCAUGGUCAGAAUCCCAGAAACCUACGGAUUCGAAAUCAGACAUGAAGGACCAUUGACUAACUUCAAACAAACCGGAAAAGUUAUCCUCGGAGGUCAAGAACACAAAGCCGAAAUGACAUUUGAACUUCAAAAUGAUGGUUUGAAAUACGAAAUCGACAUUGAUGAACUAUUUGAUGCUGAAAUCGAGCACAAGGGAGGUCUAUUGAACUUCAAAAAUGAAAUGGAAGUAGACUACAAAGAAUAUAAAUAUAAAUUGGAAACUUCUCUCGAAGCUAACAGAUAUAACGUAGAAUUAAACACCAAGGCUACCUAUCCCAAUUAUCGGGGAUCUAUCCAAAAGAGAUCUUUGACAUUUGUUAACACUCUUAAAAACAAAGAAUUGGCCACCGAAUUCAAACUUGAACUCUCUCCCGAAGACAAAGAAAUCUCUGGUGAACUCAAGGCUGAAUUGAAAUCUAAUGGAGUCAGUGUAAAUGCUCUUUACAAGAAUCAACAAACUUACGAAUUUACUCUUAACUACGAAACCAAAUCUUACUGGAGAGGUAUGGAUACCGUUAUUGAAAUCAGAUCUCCAAGAAACCACAACAAGGCUGUUAUCAACUACAACUUGGGAGCUGAAAACGAUUUGGACUUCAAUGUCAUUGUAACUGUAAAAUCUCAAAAAUCUGGAGUAAACUUCAGAUUUGAACCAUCUAAAGAAGGAUUUGAAGUCAAUGGAAAAUGUUUCAUUGCCAACAGAGCUCUCCCAUUCAGCUUGACUCUUAAGAAAGAAGAUCAAACCAUCCGUUUCGAAUUGGCCAUCCCAAUGAUCUCUACCAAAAUGACUCACAAACUCCUUAGAGGCGGAUUUAAAACUCAUAUCGAUGCUACCUUCAAAGAAAACAGAUUUGAAGGCGAAACUUCCUUUGUCAGAAACAAGGAUGUCAUUACUGUUAGUGCACAAAUGGUUUCACCUGUUCAAUUCAACAUUGAUCUUGAAAGCAAAGGAACUUGGUCUAACUUCGAAACCGCUGCUGAAGGAGCUUUCCCAUGGGACUCCAUCCCCAACUUCUCCUUGAAAAAGACUUUCACCUGCCAUAAACAAGGAUUUAAAACCAGCAUGGACGGACAAUGGCAAGGCAUGAGCCACAAAUACUCCUUGACUCACGAUAUUCGCGGCGACACCACGCACACUAUUGGUUCUAUUGAUAUGUACGGAAGAAAAUAUUCUACUAACAUCAAGAACAAAAUGGUCUCUCUCGACGAUUUCAACACUGAAUUCGAUUUAUCUUACGGAGACAAAAAAAUCAACGGAAACAUGAUGUCUAAGAGAGAUGAUAGUCAAUGGUGGGGAACUCACGACAUGAGAAUUGUUGCUCACUUGAGCACUCCAUGCCCAUUCUUCAGAACUUUCAGCCUCGACUUUGAUAGCCAACGUAAAUCUGGAAAUUUGAACACCAAAGUCAAAUUCAACAUGAACGAAUUCAAUGUUGAACUUGCCGCAGAACACAAGGACAAUGUCAUGACCAUACUCUUGACCAAACCAAUGCAAGGAGAGCUCACUCUUACCAUGAACUCUCUUUACCCCAAUGUAGAUAUCGACUUCACAGUUUCUCACAUGGGAAAAAGAUGCAACGGAGUAUACAAGAUGAUCUACGGUAAACAACUUUAUGUUGAAUACAAAGGAUACCAAGGAAUGAACUUGAACUUAAACUUGGAACGCAAAGAACAAUACGAUGAAGUUAAGUACAUCAGCGAAUAUUCUUAUAGCAACAGAAAUUAUGAAAACAAAUGGAACAAUGUCAUCAGAGUUCAAAGACAAAGAAACGGAAAGAGAGUAAUCACUCUUGAAGUUAAUACUCCAAUUUACGGUGUUACUCCAUACUUGAAGGUAGAGUCUCUCAUCAUCCCAGGAAAAAUUGAAGGAUCUAUCGACUUGAAAGCUGGACGUCAUCAUUUCCAAACUGCUGGACUGAUCGAUUAUGAAAGAGAAUUGAGAGCUGAAUGGACUCUUCAACACCCACAAGCCAAUCUUGAUGUUAAGUUUGAUGGAGAAAUCAGAAAUUCCGCAAACGGAGUUGGAGGUAAAAUGAAAUUGAACUACUUGACAUCUUACGAUAGAGAAGUUAAGGAAUUACUUGGAGAUUUCCUUCUUGAUUUGAACAAACAAGAAUUCGAAAUUACUGCUACUACUCCAAUCACCACUGUUGGCCUUGUAGCCAAGAGAAAGCAAUUUAAGGCUCUACAAAACGUCUUUGAAAUCACUGGAAAAAUCGACGAUGAAUCUUUCACCGCUGAUGUUGAUAUGGAUAUGAGAGCUAAACGUUUACAGUCAACUUUCAAUCAUAACGGACGUAAAUUCUACGCUUAUGCUCAUUACGCCGACAACAGACACAUUAAAUUGGCUCUUGAACACGAACACGGAUCUAAGAGAAAUGUUGAUGGACACUUCCUUGUCUCCCUCGAUUCCAGAAACUUGGCCCUCUUUGAUGCCAAAUGGGAACCACACUGCAAACAUUUCUUGACCAAAUUGAAUAGAAACUUCCAAGCAAAACUUGAAGAUCUAUACGAAAUGACCAUCUCUUCCGUUGCACGUGAAUACAGCAUGAAAAUGGAAACCUAUGAAGAAAUCGUUAGACCAGUCGUUGAAGAUGUCAAACAAGCUUACUAUGAAAACAAAUUCUAUUUGAGAUCAAUUUGUAACAAAGUAUCCCAAGCUAUGGACGUUGCUAUGAUUGGCGUAAGACACUUAGGAGAAAUCCUUUACCGUUUGGGAAGCUACGUUCAAACAGUUUAUGAAACCGUCUAUUACAUCUUUAAAACUUACGUAACUCUUGUUAUUGAAGAGAUCAACUAUUGGAUCCGUUGGGCUAAUGGAAAAUUAAACCAAAUUUACGACAGAAUUGUUGCCAUGACAUACCACUACGUCGAGUACAUCCACCAAUGUCUCAGUACCAACUACCUUACCAGAAAUAUCUACAAUUUCGUUUACAACACCGAAUUCCAUCAAAGAACUAUUCUUAGAGCACAAAGAUACAUGAGAAAUGUCUACAGAAAAAUUUACAACAGUCCUGUUCUUUCUUACUUCGCCCAAGCUAGCGCUAACUUGUUUAGAAAGAUGAUGCUCCCAACUCAAUGGCACAAGACUUAUACUCAAAUGCCACAAGACGUUAGAAAUUUGUCAAGAAAAACCAUCAGACUUGUAUACAGAACUGUCAACGAAUACAUCCAAAAGUACUUGAAACCAGAAUUGACCAAGUUCAACAGAUAUGAGCCAGAAGCUGGAGUUGUUUCUUUCCAAAUUUACAGCCCAUUUGAAAUCAUCGAUCUUCACCAUAUGCCAAGAAUCAUGCCUAAAAUCAGAGAAUGGUUCGGAGAUGUUAGCCAAAGUUUGUUGAGCGCUCUUCCAAAAGAUAAGGUACCAGAUUUCGGAGUUCUCUACGAUAUCUACUACAAAUACAGACCAACUUCCAUGAACCUAAUCGACUACAUUCCACCAUUCAAAUCUCAUGCCACAAUUGGCAGACACGGAGUUAUGACUUUCGAUAAGAGAUUCUACAACUUUGUUGGAACUUGUAAAUACGUUUUGGCUAGAGAUUUCUUGAACGGUAAAUUCGCCGUCCUUGUUGAUUACACCAAGAGAACCAACGAAAAGACCAAUAAAAUCAUUAGCGUUAUCACUGGACCAAACACUUUUGAAAUUGAAGGUGAACAAGUUAGAUUGAACGGAAGAAAUGUUGAUUUACCAAUUGUUGAAGAUGAAACCAUGAUCAGCCGCAAAGGAGGCAUGAUUGUUGUCAAUAACACUAACAGAGGAUUGAGCGUUGAAUGCGAACUUAGAUUCGACAGAUGCACCGUUUCCGUCUCUGGAUGGUAUUACGGUAAAACUGCUGGUCUUAUGGGAACCUAUGACAAUGAACCAGCCACCGACUUGUUGAAAUCCGACAGACAACUUGCCGAUGAUGAACAAGAAAUGGCUCAAUCUUGGAGUGUAGGAUCCAGAUGCCAGAGAAGCACCGUUGAUAUCGAUAACGACCGUGAAGUAACUGAAAAAUGCAAGAAAAUGUUCACCGAAUACACCUCUCCAAUGAGAAAAUGCUUCGGACAAUUGAGCACUGAAAAAUUCCAACAAAUGUGCCAGAUGACAAGAAACACUGAAGAUAUGUGCGCUAUUGCCGAAUUCUACAGAGCUGAAUGUUCUAAGAAGAGAAUCAACGUUAACUUGCCAAGAGAAUGUAUUAAAUGCACCUCUGGCGAAAGAUACAACUUGGAAAGAAACCAAGAAGCCGAUGUUGUCUUUGUUGUUGAAAAAUGCGAUUACAACCAAAAAAUCAUUGAUUCUUUGCCCAAGAUCGCUAAACGUGUUGCAAGAGAAUACAGCGGUAUGGAUGUUAAAUUCGGUUUGGUAGGAUUUGGAGGACAAGGACCCCACUAUGGUGCCCAAACUCACACUGCCAAUGGAGAAAUUCUUACCAGCGUCAAUGAAAUUCACAGAUUCUUGAACAAGAUCAAUGAACACUAUAGAACUGAAACUGAAAGCAGAGGAAACAUUGUUGAAGCUGUUACUGAAGCUACUCGUAACUUCCCAUUCAGAUCCGGAUCAACCAAAUCUGUUGUCUUCAUUCCAUGCGGAAGAUGCUCUGCCUCCAGAGGAGAUUUAUUCGCCAUCAACAGAAUCCUUCACAGACACGAUGUUCAUUUUCAUAUGUUGAUCGAUGAGCACUUCAAGGCCCCAAAAGGAGCUUUCCCAGCCAACAUCUUCGGAGUUGACCACAACAGACUCUACACCGACAAAAUCGGAGCCCGAUUCGAAAAAUUGCAUAUCGACGACAGAAAGAACGUCAACGAACCAUCUGAUAGAUGCAUUGCUCUAUCUGAACACAACGAAGGUGUCAUCUUCAACGGAAAAUUCUUGAAAGAAUCCAGACCAAAAAAGAUUAAGAGCUUCAUCGAUGAAUUCGCCAAGGCUAUCGUUAAAACUUCACCUGCCAGAGAAUGUCAACAAUGCCGCUGCAACCAAGACAACGGCAUCAGCUUCAGCAUUUGUGGAAGAUGUACUCUCCCUAGCCAUAGACCAAUGCCCUGGUACAUUUUCUAAAUUCUUGGUAAGUCAAUCAAACAUUUAAAAAUUUAUUUUAACUAAUAGAAGCCUUUUUCUUUUUAUUGAAAUUCAACAGAAAACAGAAGUGAAAUUCUUAACAUUGAUAAAACGGAAACGAACUGAAUUAUGAUUUCUUUAGCUUUAACCUAUUUAUACUUAUUAUAGUGUUUUAGCCUAGCAAAGUGUGGUGCUUUAUUUAUUUAUUUCCGAAACCUUCUGUCGUUUAAAAAGAUGAUUUAAUUUAUUCAACGAAGUAAAAAAGACUUUAUUUUUUCAUUUUUACUUUUUCUUUGUCUUUUUCUCUUUUUAAAAAAAAAUUUUUCAUGUUCAAAAUUCCUCAAACUUUUAAAAAACUCUUUUCUCUGCUUAUUUUCGUAUAUUUAUUUGUUUAUCUUAAAAAAAUACAAAUUUGUGUUGUAAAGCUUGAAAAAAAAGACUUUUUUUUUUGUCCUUUUUUUUAUUUUAUGUAAACCAAAAGUUCUUUUUCAAAACGUUAACAAAUUUUAUUUUUUUUAUGGGCUUAAUUGAUCGAAAAUCGGUUUUCUUAUUAUAUUUUUUAUAUAUAUCAUUAUAAUUAUUAAUUAUUUAUAUAUUCAAAUUUUUACUUAUUAAUUCUUAUAUAUUCUUAUAACUUUAGAAACAAUUAACAUAUUAAUACAUUAUUUUUUCUCCUUAUUGCACCACAAUAUAUAUAUAUAUAUAUAUAAAAAUCUUGAUAGAGAAACGCAUAAUAAAAAUAUAGGCCUAGACUUCUUAAGUUGAAAAAUUCGCCAUUUACAAAUGUGUUUUUUUUUUUCUCUUUUCUUUUCUAUAUGUAAAACUUUAUUAAUAAAAUACAACGUUUUAUAUUAUUUAAAUACAAG